AUGCCAGAAUUACUUCCAAUACCCGAAGAAGAGUUAGUACGAAUACUUGUUGAUUGUUACAUAAAAUUUAUUCGUAUCAAGAAAGAUGAUUGUUUUGAUACAAAGAAAGAUUUGAAGAUAUCUUUGUAUACAAAGUGUGUAGAAGAUGGCUAUCAGCUAGUUGUUCGCAAAUCAGACAAACAUCGUUUUGAAACAAGGACACAAGUUUAUCCUCACCACAGACAGGCAAACAAAAAGGUGUUUGGUGGAUUUUUAGCCGAGUUGAUGUUUGUGAAUGGUAGGGUAUAUCGGGAUCAUGAAAUUAUGACUGACAUAAAUGCUUGGUUCAAGAUUAGUAUUUCAUAUUCUCAAGCUUGGAGAGCCAAAAGUUAUGCCUUGGAAUUGUUAAGGGGAUCACCAGAAGCAUCAUUUGCACAAUUGCCAGCUUAUUGUCACAAUCUAAAGUUGAAAAACCCCGGGUCAGUAACUCAUAUCAAAACAGAUGGAGAUGGAUGUUUCGAGUUGUUAUUUAUCUCCAUUGGUGCAGCGAUUCGUUCAUUUGUUACUUGUCUGCGGCCGGUUAUUAUAGUUGAUGGGGCUCAUUUGAAAGGUCGAUAUCUUGGAACAAACUUAUUAGCAGUAGCCAUGGAUGCUAACAAUGGGAUACUACCUAUAGCAUACGGGGUUGGGAAAUCGGAAACAUCUGAUUCAUGGACAUGGUUUAUGGGGCAUCUUAGAGAUUGCAUAGGUCAUGUUAGGAAUUUGACAAUUAUAUCAGAUAGGGCAAACUCAAUUGAUAUGGCUAUUAGAAGAUGUUUCCCCGAUGCUUUUCAUGGACUUUGUGGUGUUCAUUUGUUCAGGAAUCUAAAAACAAGGUGUGCUCGUAUAAAAAACCACAAAUGGACAUAUUGGAAGGCUGUGAAAGCUUAUCGAGAAGUAGAUUUCAAUAAACACAUGAAUCGUCUAAGACAUGUGUUGCCUCAAUGUGCCGAAACCUUAGAUAAUGUUGGGAUUGAAAGAUGGUGA